AUGUCUCGCGCAGACAACCCAUCCGACCUGCCCGUCCUGUACGUCAAAUGGACGCACCAGUCCUCCAUCCCUUCCCUCGCCCUCUCCACCCUCACCCCCACCCCUGCCUCCUCGCUCGUCUACCACUACCUCGCGCCCAUCUGCCCCGCCGCGCCCCUCGCCCUCGGCCAGCACCUCAAGCUCCUCGUCCUCUCCGACCCCCGCUUCCACACCCCCGCCGAGGACCUGCCCCCGCCCACGGGCUCACACCAGUACGACUCCUACGACCCGCACAUCGAGGGCCCGCUCGUCGCCGCGCGCGACAUGUCCGACCGCGCCCUCGUCCUCGUCCUCCGCAACACCUGCGCCUGGAACCCGGUCGUGUACGCGUACGUCACCGUGCCCAACCUCCCCGGGCUGACCGUCCACCCCGACGUCCGCGACCGUGCGCGCUCCGUCCCGCCCUCCGCGUGCACGUCCGCGAUGGGGCCCGCCGUGUCGCUCGAAGAGGGUGUGACGAUCCUCAGCCACGGCUCGCCACAGCGCGCUCGCCCCCCAGCGUCGCCAUACUUUGAGUACGAGGACCCGGACGACAUCAUCUCCGCCAUGAAGCGGUCGGUUGGCCUUGGGGGCCGCUAUGGGCGGGCGAAACGGCCCCGGUCCAAUUCGCGCUAG